CGCGAUGCGCACUCGCGUGCAAAACACGAAGUGGAUCGAGCCAGUAUCGAACAGACACUCUGCGGUGUCACGUGGAUUGAUCCGACGAUCGAUUCGUUCGACGCGCGAAACAUCACGACGAAACGAAAAAAAGAAAAAAAAAAAAAAAAAAUAAAACGAACAACCGACCGGCCGGUGCUUUAUUACCAAUAUCGGAUUACCCUUUCUCGCGAGACCUCGCAAGGCAGGGAAGUUGAAGAGGAGCGCAAUGUCAGCUGCGGUGAGGGAGAGAACGACAUCGCACACCAGUAGAAAGAUCGUGAGUCAUGGUGGUCCUAUAUCUGGCCAGACAACCACGGCCAACAGCCUCGAAAACAACUUAGAUGCUCUUCUUGAGGACCUGCAAACAAGUGUCUCAAGAAGUGCCACCCCGAGCCGCGGUGGCAGGGCACUCUCGCCUCAAGUGGAGUAUCGUGUAGCUGCAAAUCCAACCAAGGUGGUCUCCGAAGGCAGAGGCAUUUCGCCAACUCGAACGAUGACAACCACCACUGAAAAGUACGUGAGCAGUGGGCCGAGUGGUGCAUCGAGUGGUAUACCUGGCUUGGACUUCAUCGAUUCAGAAUUACAAAAUGUGCAGCCUGGUCAAAGUAAAACGAUCGCUUACAAACAGGUGUCGUAUCAAUAUAACAAAAAUCUCGAUGGUAAACCAAUUGAUUCGUGGACAACAGACAGUACAUUGACUAACACCAUGAUCGAUGAUAUCCGAGAAAAGACCUACGAAGAAAGCACAAUACCUCGUGGUUUAGAACCGGUUAGCAAAUCAGUCAACAGAGAACUAGUGUAUAGCGAUAGUUCUACAUCUCGUUCGAAGCAAACUUCGCCUUUACCGGGUACUCAAAGGGACGUCAAGUAUAUUCACGAAUCUUCCAGCUACCAAACGGAACCAGUACAAAAUACAAUAACAACGAUGCACACGAGUGCUGCGCAAGAAUACGGAAGCGUCGAGUAUGUACCAGUCCCAUCGCCAACACCAGCGAUACCGAUCAACCUGGCACCAGGUCCAAACACAAAAGUAACCACCACUAUCAAAACCUACACUUACGAGCUACCAGGACCACCCGAAACCUAUCUACAGGGUGGCAACGUGCCAACAGCAGGUAGCGUUAUGCUGCCAGGAGAUCAAACAAUUACCUACACGAUACCAAAAGGAACUAGCACCACGGACAAAACGAUCACCUAUCAAACCGUGACCGAGAAUGUUCCACCUAGAACACCGACCAGAUACAGCAGUCCACCGCCUCCUAUAACAGACCUGACAAAGAAGUCUACUACGAUCCAUCAAGAGUCCAAGUUCUACCGCGAGGAACACCACGGUGGUUCACCAGGCCAACCAACAACGACAGUCUACCAUCCUAGUUCACCGCCGUUGGAAAAUAAAACGACGAUCACGCGAAAUGAAAAAUACUACCAAGUGGACGGAAGUUAUCCAAACGGGUAUCCACCCGGUGAUCGACCAGAUCAUCCUGGAACCACGGUGAUUUAUCAGAAUCAACCACCGACCAUAAACGAGAGUCACACGACGAUCAAUCGGAUCGAGGAACAUUAUCCUAGUCGGCUACCGUCCAGUGGACGACACCCGACACCUGACAAACCAGGAACACCUGUUAAUUAUUAUACAACAUCACAGUCCACCAACCCGCAAUCCUCCACGACUAUAUACAAAUUUUCGAACACCACCACGACGGUACCGCCGAGCAAACACCCCGAGGAUCACGAGGUUUUGUUACCCAAGCCGUUCCCGAUCGAAGGUGUUCAACUUUAUCCGACCAAACCGGCAAACAACGUACAAAGUCCGCCUAAAAAAUUAGAGGAUCUCAUGGCGUCGUUUUCUGACACAGAGCGUGAAGUACUAGAGGACAUUGAAAAAAGAGAAAAAGAACAACAGAAAGAGUCCCCAGUAGUGAAAAAGGAAGUUGACUUUGUGCCUCACACGCCGCCCAAAGUGAAGAGUAAAAAUGUUGCUGGACCUCCGGUUUAUUAUCCACCGGGAGCAGCAGAAUUCACUAAAAAGGAAGAAGCUAGCGCAGCUAUGUCGCAAUCUGGUGGAGGAUGGCAGAAGGCUAAAGCGAAAUAUGAGUACGAGGCGUCUGGCAAAAGUAAAUCAAAAUCAAGCAGCGGUAAAGCAGUUGUCCCUGUAUGUCUACCACUUUGCUGUGCCUUGCCGUGUGUAAUUAUGUAACUUAUAUUGAUAUUGAUAUUAAAACGUGUUGAUCGAUUAAGCAAUUUAAUACUUUGAACGAUCAGUCUUCCGUCAGUUGUGUAGAAUAAAACGUAGAUGAUAAACUUUAACGUAAGAAACACGUAUUAAACAAUUUUAAAAGGCUACGAAAUAAUUAAUGACACAAGCAAAUAUUUUUCUGGUUUCCUGUUUGUCAACUUGUUAAUUAUGUAUAUAUAUAUAAAACAACAAAUAAAUAUACAAUUAAAACUUGGUAUAAUUUCAAUUCGAAAGAGUAAGUAAUUACGAGAAAUCAAAUAUCGUUUUAUCGUAAUUAUAAGCUUAGUUAGGUGUAAUUAUACUCAUGAAUUGUGAAGAAUCUAAAUCUCUCUCUACCUUCAGUUUAACUCAAUAAAUUCGAUAUAAUCGUUGCUA